AUGGAUGAGAGGAGGAUAAAAAGUGAAAUACUCAGCACAUCAUCCGACGAAAGAAGGAUUUACAAAUCAAGGAUUUUAAAGUUUAAAAAGUCACAUUUCCAUUAUGUGGUAUUAUUGACUUCUAUUGCUGCUUUGCAGUUUAUAGCAAUUGCAUUUUUUACUAGGGGAUUUUUAUUGACACGACAUGUUCUAAAUGACCUAAGCCCACCUUUUAAUGAUACGUACACACCAUACGAAGCACAAUUUGACAAAGCUGUGGUAUUAAUAGUCGAUGCAUUGCGAUUUGAUUUUGUAAUUCCUGUAGAACCUGAUAUUGCCAACCAAUAUUAUCACAAUAAUUUCCCUGUUCUUUAUGAUCAUUUUGUCAAAAGUAAUAGUGGAACCUCUAGUGAUUCUUCAAUUUUAUUAAAAUUUAUCGCAGACCCACCAACAACUACCUUACAAAGAUUAAAGGGGUUGACGACUGGUUCAUUACCAACGUUUAUAGAUGCUGGAUCAAAUUUCAAUGGUAACGUUAUAGAAGAAGAUAACCUCAUUAAGCAAUUUUAUGAGAACGGCAAAGAGGUACUUUUUGUGGGAGACGAUACAUGGGAUGCCCUUUUCCACCCAUUUUUGUCCAACAAUAGUGAACCAUUUGAAUCAUUAAAUGUUUGGGAUUUAGAUACUGUAGAUAAUGGUGUUAUCAAUUUCUUUCGCCAGAAUCUAAUUAACAUAAAUGAGAAAUCGCACAAUUGGGAUGUUCUGAUAGGCCAUAUGUUGGGUGUUGAUCAUGUUGGACACAAAUAUGGUCCAAAUCAUUUUACUAUGAAAGAUAAACAAAUUCAAGUCACUUCCUUUAUCAAUGAAAUCAUUUCAUCUCUGGAUGACGAUACGCUUUUAGUUGUUAUGGGUGACCAUGGAAUGGACCAUACCGGUAAUCAUGGUGGUGAUUCUAUCGACGAAUUAGAAAGUACGUUGUUCCUUUACUCUAAAAGACCCAACGCAUUUAAUAAUUCUAUCAACAUUGAUAAUUACUCUGUUUCCAACAUGGGUAAGAAAUAUAGACAAGUAAACCAAGUUGAUAUUGUACCUACAUUGUCGUAUUUACUUGGUACUCCAAUACCAUUUAAUAGUUUAGGUUGGCCAAUUGAGGAAAUAUUUAAUUCUGACAGGGCUCAGCGUUCAAUGAUGAGAGCCGUUCUAGAGCAAUUAGAUACUUACAAGGAUAAAAUGGGUAUCGACCUAGAAGAUGGCUUUGAAUUUGAUGGAAGUAAAGGGCAUACAACAGAACAUAUUUUGAACAAGGCCUACUUAUCUGGUGAUUUCAGGUUAGCUCAAAAGUACCAAACCAAAUUCCUGGAAAUAUGUAAAAAUCUAUGGGCAAGAUUUGAUUAUCACAGUAUCACUACCGGGGUAAUACUAAUGACAAUUUCUACCGUGUUAUUAUUAUCUGUGGCAGAAGUUAUACCUUCCAUAGUAAUAGAUCAAAUGGUUCCUGAAUUUACACCUUGGAUUAUUAUGAUGACUCUGGUAUCAACCGCAUGUUUCCAUGGUAUAUAUUAUGUAUACCACCAACCACCAUUUUUGAACAGUAUACUUUGGUCAACCCUCUUUGGUGCAGCCAUUGGUAUCAUACUAGGUUGUUGUAUUCCCAUAUUUGAUCGUUAUAGUCUAGGUUGGAUUUUUAUCAGAUUUUUCCAAGAUUUGAUCGCUGAUUAUUGGACUUGCAUCGGUACUUUACUCGUAUUAAUACAUGCAUUAUUGUUCACCUCGAAUUCUUUUACAAUUUGGGAGGAUAAAAUUGUUUCUUAUCUCUUGACAACAUUUGGUAUGCUUACGUUUUAUGAAUUUGUGUUUUUACCAAAAAGACAGUCAACCACAGCAUUACUCACUGCCAAGAUAAGUGAAAACGAAGGUACAGCAUCUGGGGUUAGUUCAUCGAUUGCCAACUCAAACUCCUUACCUCUAUCCAGGUUUGCUAGAUUGUUAGGCGGUUAUCAUUCCCUGGUCUUACUCCUUUGUACCAGACUAGCAUCUAUGAUUACAAUUUGUCGUGGUGAACAAGGUGAAUAUUGUACCCCAACUUUUACUAAUCUUACAAACUACUCAAAUUGGUGCAUGAUUCUUUGUUUUUUGAUUGUGUUUUUAAUUCCUGCUUGCAUUAAAGGUUAUUACAAUCUUACGUCAUCCUACCAAGCUGCGGCACCAAUCUGGAUAGAUAUUUUCCUUAAAGGUAUAUUAUUUAUCAAUUUUAUAUACUGGGGAUUGACAGCUGCUGAAAAUACUGUAAGUGAUUUAGACUACGAUUUUACAAUUAUCAAGUUUACAAUUGCAAGGAUCAUUGCAGGGUUCACAUUGAUCGCCGUGAAUGCAGGUUGGCUUAUGGGUCCAUUGUGUAUUAAAUUGAAUGUUCAUAAUACUGAUGUUAAGUCACACCAAGCUACAAUAUUAGGAUAUACUAACAUAUAUGGAUCUGAAUAUUUCCUGCUAGUCAUCAACACUUUAAUGGCUAUAAUGUUAUAUAAUAAACCAUUGGCUCAAGUUUCAAUUUUCCUAAUGUGUAACCAAAUGUUAUCGAUAUUGGAGAUCAUUGACUUAUUGAAAUUAAAGGAGAAUAUUAUUGGUCCGAUCAUAUUAGGUUUGUUAUCUUAUCAACAAUUUUUCUCUACAGGUCACCAAGCUACGAUACCCUCAGUCCAAUGGGAUGUCGGUUUUAUACUAUCUGAUACAAUCACUUUCCCACUUACUCAUAUUGCCAUAUUACUAAACACAUUUGGACCUCAUAUAUUAGUAGCACUCUCAAUCGCACUAUUGACACUAUGGAAUCAACCACCGGAUGUUUUAAAACCCCAGACUUUAUUAGGUAGAAUUGUCUCUAAUAGCGGAAUUCUCCUGGCAUAUCAUUCCAUAUUAUGCUUGAGCUCAUUUAUCUGGGUAACUCAUUUCCGUAGACAUCUGAUGGUAUGGAAGAUCUUUUGCCCGAGGUUUUUAUUUGCGGCAUUAUCUUUGAUUGUGACGCAAAUAGUUGUGACAUUUGGUACUGUAGCAUUUGCUAGUAGUAGACUGAUAACACAUAUUAAUAAUAUAUUUUGGGGCUAA